UUGUUCCCAUCUACUGCAGGAGGAAGCUUCUCUGAUGAUGGCUGAGCAAGACACUGACCUAUGGGUAUAGCAGAAUGUCAUUAGUAGUCAUUUACUAGAUCCAUGGCCUAUCUAGUCUUGGGUUCUUGCCCAACUCAGGAAUUGUCAGCCCUCUCCUGCAGUAGGGCUUGACUCCACUCAGACAGUGACAAGCUGAGGUUUUCCCUGGACUCACAUGAUGAAAGGAGAGAACCAACUUCUCUGACCUCCACAAGCCUAUUACGGCAAGUCAUGCCCACCCACCCCCAUACUGACAUAAAUAAACGUGAUUAUAUUUUUUUAAGAUAAAAGAUAGCCUCUGCUUUCAAGCUACUCACCAUCACUUAAACAUGGUAUACACAGAAGGCCUGGGUUUGAUCCUCACAACUGUACAAACUGGACUGGAAGCUAGUCAGAAGGCCAACAUCUGUUUCGGCUAGCAUGAGACCCUGCUUAACAUUUUUUAAAAAAUUGUUAGAUGUCUGAUGUGGAAACGUAGUUAAUUUAAGGUGCUUAUUUGCUGAAAAGUAGUCUGGGCCUUAGGUGAAGUUCAACCUAAGGCUGGAAGGGAAUAACACGCCUGUCGAGAAAUCAUUCAGCCUGGGGAUUACUGUCCCAAAACAGUUAAGUCAGAAAGAACUUAAGAGGAAAUGAGAAUGUGUAGCAGGUUUCUUUGUUCUAUGAGCAUCACAUGCAGGGAUUGCCCCCAAAAGUUGUGUCUAAAUUUCCCAGCCAAUCUGGAAAGUCUGCCUGGCAUGGGCAGACCGGAAGGGGCACGCCUUAUAGCGCAGGGCCACCAGAGGGCGUCGAGCAAGCAGCGACCAGAACAGCAGCAUGGCAGCGGCACGGUUGCUGCUGCGCUUGGCCGGGCGGCUGGAGUCGGUGAACUUCGCGCAGAGUGUGUGUGGCCUCCUGGGCGCAGGGCAGGGCCCCGGGCCAUGGUACAUACACUGCAGCUGGCAGCGCGGACAGCUCAUCCUCUCCAGCAGUUCAUUCCCCGGCGCCUUGGAGAGGCUUCCGAUCCAGAGACCCCCUUUCUGCCCCUUUGCGGCUCUGGGCCAGCAGCCUGGGGGCUCCAGGAUGGAGCUGCCCACAAACAGAGGUGUGGAGGUGGGUGUGGCUGUCAUUCUUCAGUCUAGUGACCAGACUGUCUUGUUGACCCGAAGACCAUGUACUCUCCGCAUCUCCCCCAACGUCUGGGUCCCUCCAGGUGGCCACAUGGAACCCGAUGAAGAGAUCCUUGAGUGUGGACUUCGAGAACUGCAGGAAGAGUGUGGAUUACAGCUGCCCCCAAACCAGUUUUCUUGUGUCCUUCUGGGUCUGUGGGAGUCUGCCUACCCUCCCAGGCUGAGCUGGGGUCUCCCCAGACACCAUCACCUGUUUCUCUUCGUACUUGUAAUCUCCCAGGAGUCACAGCAACAGCUCCAGGCCCGGAUCCAAGUAAAUCCAAAGGAGGUGAAUGCCUUUAUGUGGCUGGAGCCAGAUGUAGCAGCAGCUGUGGCUGCCAGGGAGGAUGGCACAGAGACACUUAGACUUCUCCAGGGCCUACCACCCUCUCUCAGUGCAACCGAACUGAAGGAUGACAGAGAAACCCAACCUCUGAUCCUGCCCAUGUCCACGCUCUUGCGGACAACCCCAACCACAGCUGAGGACAAAGAACAUGUCAACACUGGAGCCAAGUUUGCUCUCAAGCUCUGGCUGCAGCAUCUGGGCCGCUGAAGGUAAAAGUGAAGUUUACAUGGAGCCCAGACCAGCAAAGGAAGGAUGGGGGUCUGUAAGAUGGUUCAUGUAAAGGCUUCUGCUGCCAAAACCUGAGAUCUGAGUUCAAUACCUGCAAUCUCCUUCAAGGUAGCAGGAGGCCUCAAAUGUGCACAUGCAAAGCCAAGGCUCAUGUGCUCA